GGCGGCGGCGUGGGAAGGCUGCACGAGGCCAUAGCUUCGGUCACGUCGUCCCCGUCAAAAAUAGCCACCACCAUCAGGGGCUUUUGGCAAACGUCAGCGGGCCCGGCUGCUAGUUCAGUACUCGGUCUGGGAUCAAUCAUGGUGAGUUCUACUGUCGUUGCAUCGGGGGAGAUGACCGUGUAAUGUAAGUUUACUAUAAAGUCAACCAUGGAAUCAACAGGAAAUCCCCUGAUACGUGGCUGGGAAGCUAUAGGUACUUUUAAAGUACCUUUAAUCAAUCUUGAAGUAAACGAACUCAAAGAAAUACUAUGGGAGAAGAUCCAAGAACCGGUAAUUCAAAGAAGACUGAUCCUAGUAAUCGUGUCUAUAGCACUACUGCUGGACAACAUGCUGUACAUGGUUAUCGUACCUAUUAUACCAGAUUAUCUAAGGUAUGUGGGAGCCUGGGGAGAUAUGCCUGUGGGUGUAAAUUUCACGGAAGAUCCAGUACCGACUAUGGAUCAUCAUGGACAAGAUUCUGCUACUGGAGUAUUGUUCGCAUCAAAAGCUAUUGUGCAGCUUAUGGUGAAUCCAUUUUCUGGUGCACUUAUUGAUCGCAUUGGCUAUGACAUUCCGAUGAUGAUUGGUUUAUCAAUAAUGUUUCUGUCCACAUCAAUAUUUGCAUGUGGAAGAAGUUAUUCUGUUCUCUUUAUCGCUAGAAGUCUUCAAGGAGUAGGCUCGGCAUUUGCUGACACGUCGGGUUUAGCAAUGAUUGCAGACAGAUUCACUGAAGAAAACGAAAGAGCUCAAGCUUUGGGUAUUGCAUUAGCGUUCAUCAGUUUCGGCUGUCUUGUUGCCCCACCUUUUGGAGGUGCUUUAUAUCAAUUUGCGGGCAAAGAAAUACCAUUUCUUAUUCUAGCGUUUGUCUGCUUAGUCGAUGGUCUUAUGUUGCUUCUUGUAAUGAAACCAAUAAAACAACAAUUAAAAGAGCAAAAACAUUUGAAAAAAGUGCCGACUAUUCCGAUUUGGAAACUAUUUAUGGACCCCUAUAUAGCAGUGUGUUCGGGAGCUUUAAUGAUGUCUAAUGUAGCACUCGCGUUUUUAGAACCUACUAUAUCCCUGUGGAUGGAAGAUCACAUUACUCACGAUAACUGGAAGAUGGGAAUGAUAUGGCUACCGGCGUUUUUCCCGCAUGUUUUUGGUGUAAUACUGACAGUAAAACUAUCGAAACUGUACCCCAACUAUCAAUGGCUGAUGGUGGCUGUUGGCUUAUCCCUAGAAGGCUUAAGUUGUUUAAUAAUACCUUUCUCAAGCUCCUACAAAGUUCUAAUGAUCCCAAUAUGUGUUAUAUGUUUUGGGAUAGCUUUAGUAGAUACCGCCAUACUGCCUACUCUUGGAUACAUAGUAGAUGUACGCUAUGUUUCUGUUUACGGUAGUAUAUAUGCAAUAGCAGACAUUUCGUACUCGUUAGCUUACGCUAUAGGGCCUAUAGUAGCCGGUGAAGUAGUAGAAAUGAUUGGCUUCACAUGGUUAAACAUCAUCAUAGCUGUUUCAAAUUUGGCAUACGCGCCUGCGUUGAUGAGACUGAGAAAUAUUUAUGACUUUAAACCAUUCCAAAAUGAAGCAAACAUUUUAAUGGCUGAUCCACCUGACAAAGAAUAUCAGACAUAUGCCAUGCAGGAACAACCGAUAUCGGUUAACAACGAAUAUUCAAGGAUGAGUGGACAACGGGAAACGGAUAUUGAUGGUCAUGUAGCAAUCGAAAACGAAAAUGCUACAUUUCAUCAACCUCAAGAGACCAAUCCAUUUAGGAGACCAUCACAAUCUACGCAAGAUAGAAAUCCGUUUAGACAACCUCGUUGAAAUUGUUAAUUCGGUAAGAUAAUUUAUUUAAACUUAGAAAACGUGGAUUCAAAAAUAUGCAUUACCCGAAAACGAGUUAAAUGUAAUCUUUAAGCAAUAUUUUGUUAUUAUAAAUUAAACAAUAUUUAUGUUUCCAAUUUUUAAUGGAUAAUUCAAUAACAAUGAUUAUUAUAAUUAUUGUAUCUUUUAAACUUUUAAAUAAAUGAAACUAUUACGUUUAGGCUACUAUUUGGAACCAAGCAUAGUAUUUCGGAAAAUAAUAUUCAAAUUAAGGUAACGAUCGAAUUGUAUUCAUUUCAUUUUAAUACUUAGAUCUCAGUUAAAUAUUGUGUCUAUCUGUAAGUCACAUGACAUUGGAUAUGUUAAAGAUAAAAGAUAUUAAGAAAUUAAAAAAAAUAAAACAAACACGAACAAUGAAACAGUCAUAACCUAAUUAGUAGGUAUCAUUAUUUAAUUAAACUUAAAAAAUAAUAGUUAUCAUUGAAUUCUGGUUAAUAGGAGCUCAAUUAUAACUUAAAAUAUAUCGAUGAAAGAAAGAAGUCAAUUGACUAAUGAUAAUGACAAACUAUUAGUCUUUAAAGCAUUCAAUUAUUUAUUGUAACUCAAACAUAUCUUUUUAAAAAAAAACUGAGCUUACUUUGUUAGCUUUGUUUUACAGCAAAUAAAAAUUAGACUAAAAUAUAAAUUUAUUAUUCGUGCGUAUAGCAAGAAUAUCCUUAGUUAUAAAUGAAAUAUCAGUAUAACUCUAGUAUUAAGUAAUUAGUUUAAUUAUUAUUAGUUAAAUUAUAUUUGACCAUAAGAUAUUUUAUCUUGGGCGCCCACCAAAACAUAUCGCACACAUAUCAAUAAAUUGUAAGUUGUACAUAAAUUAGAACUUCUAAUUUAGAAGUACUCAUUUAUUAACAUGUAUAAACAUUUUUUUUUUAUUAUCAUUAUUUUGUAUACAAGUACAUUAAGUUAAUUAUUAUAUUAUUUACACUUGAACGUGUAAACAACCAAGAUCAUAUACAUAUCAUGAAAUAAAGUUCGAUACAUAUCAUUGUACGAAAUUAUAUUUAUCUUAAGGACUGUAGUAUGAUAAGUAAAUAUAGCUUUAAGAAUAAUGAUUAAUAGUAGUAAAUACAAUAUUAAUGUAUGCCGUGAAUGGUCGGUGACAACAAAAACCGUAUUUUAUUGUUGAGGUCCCAUUGAAUAUCAAUUGAACUGUGUUAUUUUACUUUAAGAUUAAUCUAUAUAACUUAGUUAAGCGUUUUAUUUUCAGUUAUAAACAUCGUUCUUAUUAGUUAAUCCCAUAGAAUUGUAGUUAUUUAAUCUUGUAUUAGAUAUUGUUGAUGUUUUGUGUAAGUUGUUUUACAAAAACAACCUCUAUAAUUUAUUAUGAAAUUUAUAUAAUUUCCAUACAUUUUCGGUUGAUUCAAACGAAAUAUCAUUUGUUUAAAAUUCAAACUUUAAAACAUCGUUACCAAGUUUUUUAGUUGUAUUUAUUUUUAUUUAUUAAAACUAAAAUAUUUAUAAUUAUUGUUUUUUUAACUGUUUUUUAAUUAUGUUCGAUGUUAAACAAAUACAUGCCAAUUAAUUAAUAGUAUAUUGAUAUAUUAUAUUUACUUGAAGCAUACACGAAUACUAAUCAUAUUAUAUCUAUAAUGUAGAGCUACUAUAUUUCCCAUUUCUCUAAUAUUAUAAGGGAAAAUAUCUUAAAUAAUUAUUAUACAAAUAAUUGUUUUGUUCUUAUUACUAUUAUGGUUUCAUAAUUUAAAAUACUAAACUUUUUUGAGUCCACUAGCUGUAAAAUUGGUUAAGACUAAAUUACCACGAUUUUUAAAAUAUGUAAAAAACAAAUAAAGUAAUCAUUUGUUCGUAAAAAUAUUAACAAAUAUAACUAUUAUUUUAGUCUAUUUGUAUACAAAUAUACUCAUAAUGUAUGUUGCUUCGCCAUUUUAAAAUUAUAAGUGUAUUUAUUAGAUAUGGAGAACAGUUAAUAAUAAAACUUGGUUAAGCUAUCGAUUUUGGUAAAAAGUGAACAUUUUACAUUUCGCAACUGGUCAAGUUAUAUGUAGACUACUAUACACUUUUAUCUUUGUACAAGUAAAAUUACUUUAGUUGUUAUUUAAUCUUGUUGACAUUUAUAAUCAUUUCGUUUAAUAAAAAUAACAGUUAUUAAUAUAA